UAAGUUUUUUCUAAUGCAAUAUAAACAUUAUUUUCAAUUAAUUGUUAAUAAUACCCAUUUUUUGUGAAUUAUAACCAUUUUGCUUUUUACCUAGGUAUGCAAUUUACUGGAAUUCACUAAUGGGACAUUUUUAUUUUCGGACUCUACCUUUUCUGAUCUCUUGUUUAACUACAUAUAUUUUUCUCUAGGUUUAUUACAGAACCCAUAACAAACACUACACACACACAUACUACAACAAAUUUAUAUAAUUAUGGAAUAGAGGAUUGAUAGGAAAUCGUAAAUAACAAUAUUUCCACUGCAAUUGAAACGACGUAAGCCAAACUAGUCCGAUAAUUAUAUGCAAGCUAUAAAACGAAACAAGUUUCUCGUUAAUCCCAGUUCUCAUAGUAACUUGAAGCGCGCGGUAGGGCUUAUUUUAAGAUUAAAACAUUAUUAUUUCAUAAUUAAAUACCUAACACAAAAGUGAUAAAGCAAGAAAUUAAGUCGGUGUCAUAUGUGAAAUCGAAAAAUCAACAUUACAAUUACCUAUCUAAAUUUAAUUCAAACAUAAUAACAGUAAACAUAAUAAACUACUUACUAUUUUUACGCGUCCACUCUUUCAAAGUUUUUUCAAAAGUUUGAAUUUCGAACGAGCCUGAGAAAGUUUUUUUUAAAUGGCGGGUUUAGAAGGCUUGAGUGAUCAUGAUAAGGCAGUGUUGAGGAGUAUUUUUGAUCCCACGGCUACUAUUGCUGAUGUUGAUGUGAAUGAAGAUACAUUUGAGGAGGCAGAUGAUGAGGCAACAACGGACGCUGAAAAGCAGUCAGUACAGCUCUGCGCCCAAGGUGUGCGAUUAGCCAAUGAAGGCAAACUGGACGAAGCCUUGGAUGUGCUCAGUAAAGGCAUCGAGUUGGCCCCAGAGCGCGCGUCCGCGUACAACGAUAGGGCGCAGCUGUUGCGUCUCAUGAAGAAAGAUGAUGAAGCCAUGACGGACUUAGAUCGCGCACUCCAACUGACGGCGGGACGAAAAACAAAGGCUCGCGCACUAGCUCUGUGUCAGCGCGGCGUCCUCCUGCGAAAGCGGGGUGAAGAUGCCCGCCCAGUGUUCCUCGAGGCGGCCAAGCUUGGCAGUGGAUUCGCCAAAAAGCAGGUGGUCGAGCUGAAUCCCUACGCCGCUCUCUGUAACCAGAUGUUGAGUGAAGUCAUGAGAGGAGAGGUGAAAUUGGCUGGCAUCCCGGAGCCAGAUCAGUAAGGACGGUGGACUUGCAGAUUUAUAUUAUUUGUAGGUCGUUUUCAACAUGUGUACAGUCGCCAUCAGAUAUAUCAGAGCGGCCAAGGUGCUCAAAAAUAUCUGAACACGCCUCUAUUUUCAGGGCGCUAGAGCGCGUGUUCAGAUAUUUUUGACCACCUCGGCCGCUCCAGUAAAUCUCAUGGCGACUGUACCUAUUCGCAAUCCAUAACUCCCGCGGGAACAAAAUAGGCCUUUGUCCUUCAGUACACCUGCAUGAAAUAAGAUCUUUUUCGAGCAAGUGUGAUGAAAACAAUAUUAACAAACCUAUACCAAUCAUGUUGCUUGCUCAUAGAGGAGAGGAAAUAAAACACACAAAAUCUAAUGGAUUAGAAAUUUAUAUUGUUGAAUACAAUCGACAUCCACUUUCAAGAAAAUUCCAUACAACCACUCAAGCGGAGGUACUUGCCUCCGAGCGAACCAGACCGACCCAAUAUCAUCGAAAAUGACAAUUGUACAUUUUGAAAAUGACAAAUGUUACUACAAAUCGAAAUAUCGUUAACUACACUAAAGAUUACUUAGAAUAUGCAAUAAAAUCUCAUAAAUAUACUAAAUGAAGAUCAUGUGCAGAAAUUUAUUGUAUAAAGAAGAUAUUUUUGUUAGUAAAAUUUCCACACACAACCAUUAAAAUUUGUAAAAUUCAAAGACGCUUUUUAUUUCUAUCCAAAAGCGUCAACCAUAGAUAACACAAAUUGAAAGUGCACUUUAAACAUUUAUGUUAUAAAAGCUACGUGGAAGAGUUUUAUAUGAAUUUUUUGUCUUUGGUAUUUUACUGUAUUAGGCGAUGUAUGAAUUGUUUUGGCACAUUUUAUAGAUGUGGUAACGCAUUGGAGAUAAAAUGCAAAUACAAUUUUCAUCAGUAA